UGUGAAUUAUUACUUAUUAUUACUUAGAGACCUGGCCAAUCUAUCGAUUUCGCGCGCUAAUCGAUAAGCCACAUCCUUCCUUAUUCCUUGGUCAAGUGCUUUGCCCCUACCGAUAGGUGUGCUUUUUGUGUCGCAAACCAACUACGGACAAAAUGUCCAAAACUACAAUUGUGAAGGAGGCGGUCAAGGAGAGCCUCCUCGGCUCUGAGGAGCAUUCCAACCUUUCUGCAUCGCACCGCGCCUUAUUCCUAAAGAAUGCAAAGAAGGAUGAGCAUACAGGAGAGCUGUAUAUGGGACCAGAGGAGUUCAUUGAGGCUAUUGCGCCGCCGAGCGAAGACUACCACAAGAUUAGCCGUGAUCAAUACGGACUCCUCUUCCACGUAGCCGAUCGCAAAGACACUGGCAAAGUGACGAUUAACGACUGGGCCGCCUUUGAGAACCUGUUGACGAAGCCCGACGCCGAGUAUGAGAUUGCAUUCCGCCUCUUUGAUGUUGACCGCACUGGGGGUGUUAAGUAUGAGGACUUUCGGCGUCUAUAUGAAAACAACAAAGGCCCUGACAGCAUUCCCUUCAACUGGGAUUGUGAGUGGGCAAAGCUCUACAUUGGUGACAAAUCCAAGCGACAUACCCUCUCAUACUCCGAGUUCUCGCAAAUGCUCCGUGGCCUUCAGGGUGAGAGAAUUAGACAAGCCUUCCAGCUUCUCGACAAGGACAGAGAUGGAUACAUCGAGCCUGAAGACUUCGCGAGAAUUAUCCUGGAGACGGCAAAACACAAAUUGUCUGAUCAUCUCUUAGACAACCUUACCUCCCUCUGCAAUAUAUCCACUGGCAGCAGGAUUUCAUACGCGAAUGUUCGAGCUUUUCAGAACGUGAUCAUGCAGAUGGACUUGGUGGAGUUAAUUAUACGUCAAGCUUGCAAGAAGAGCGGCGAUGGGAAGAUUACCAGAUCUGAGUUCUUGAACGAGGCAGCAAAAAUCACUCGGUUCUCAUUGUUCACUCCGAUGGAGGCAGAUAUUCUCUUCCACUUCGCUAGUUUGGAUGAACCGUCUGGCCGAUUGAGUUUGAUCGACUUUGCUAAGGUUCUAGAUCCAUUAUGGAGAUAUCGUAAUAUCGCGGAACAGGCUCAGCAUGGUCUAGGAUCGGAAAAGGCCAAGAGCACUGCGCAAAGCUUCCUCCUACGAGCUGCUGAGUCUGGCUAUAACUUUCUCUUAGGAAGUGCGGCCGGUGCUUUUGGCGCCUUUAUGGUGUAUCCUAUUGAUCUAGUCAAGACCCGAAUGCAGAACCAACGAGGUGCUGAUCCAGGACAAAGGCUUUACAAGAAUUCGGUCGACUGUUUCAGAAAGGUUAUCGCCAACGAGGGUUUCCGCGGUCUCUACUCUGGAGUCCUGCCUCAGCUAGUCGGUGUUGCUCCGGAAAAGGCUAUCAAGCUUACAGUAAAUGAUCUCGUCCGCGGCUUUUUCACGGACCCAAAGACGCACCAUAUUCCUUGGGGAUACGAAGUUCUAGCAGGUGGUACUGCUGGUGCUUGCCAAGUUGUCUUCACCAAUCCUCUCGAGAUUGUUAAGAUUCGACUGCAAGUUCAGGGAGAGGUUGCGAAAACCACUCAAGGUGCACCGAAGCGCUCUGCAAUGUGGAUUGUUAAGAACUUGGGUCUUGCAGGGCUUUAUAAAGGUGCUUCGGCUUGCUUACUUCGAGAUGUGCCGUUCUCGGCAAUCUACUUCCCAACAUACAACCACCUCAAGAAGGAUGUCUUUGGUGAAUCUCGCACCAAGAAGCUUGGAAUCGUCCAGCUUCUCACAGCCGGUGCCAUUGCUGGUAUGCCUGCUGCUUACCUAACUACACCGUGUGAUGUGAUCAAGACACGCCUGCAGGUUGAAGCACGUAAAGGCGACACAAGCUAUACUGGCCUCCGACACGCAGCAGUUACAAUUAUGAAGGAGGAAGGCUUCCGAGCUUUCUUCAAGGGUGGCCCUGCUCGUAUCCUUCGAUCAUCCCCUCAAUUCGGCUUCACGCUUGCGUCCUACGAAGUUCUUCAGAACGUCUUGCCAUUCCCUGGAAAACCAAAACCAGACCAAAUCCACACUGGCGUCGCAGAAGUCAUGGACACCAUCAGAGAGAAGGAUGUCACCUCGCCCCACGCUCGCAGCCGAAACGCCCUCAAGAUCAUCCUCGACCUUGAUGAGAACUUCGGCCGCGUCCAACUCCCCGACCAACAGGCUUGGAAGACAAUACCGAAAUUCCUUGGUGGUGGAAGGUCCUAAUGAUACAUUAUGUAGAACAUUUUUGCAAUUCUAAUAUUCCCCUUCGAGAUGUUUUUGGGAGAUGAUUGCAUGAAAAUGGCGUUUGCGAACCAUAGCGAAGGAAUCUCUUGUAUUUUGCUUUUUUCUGCAGACGACCAAAGUAGACAGUGGUCAUGGCCAAGUUUGGCAUCUUGUGUAAUUAGCUAGAACAGGGGGCCAGGAUGGACCAUGACUUUCAAGAUAAUUCUUGAAGAGGGUUAGAGAUACAAGAUAAAAACCCUUUUGGGUUUUGCAUGUUAUAUGCAUACCUCAUAGAUCAUCGGGGCACGAGUUUCGCCUUGAGCAGAUUCCCAAUCGCACAAAUAGUCAAACCAUCACUUAGUCCGAUACCUUAACUUCUCGACUUAGUGG